AUGACGUGGCAAUGGACUUCUAUGAUGGUUGCUAUGCAAGAGGAUGAUUCUCCUGACUUGAGAGAAGUAGCAAGAAUCCUCAAAGACGUCCUUGAGUCCCACGCCAACCAUCUUCCUCAAACAACCCUUCGACUAAAACCUCCCUACUGCGCUUUCACUCAACACAGAUCACCUUCUGGGAUAACACUCAGGUGCAAUUCCCAACCUCAACCACUCCUAAACCUUCGCACACCAAGAGUGUGCAGUUCCAACAUGGGUCCACUUCGGUGUGGCAUUUCGUCGAGCAUGUACGGUGGAAAAGAAAAUAGGGGAGUUGGGGAGUGGCUUGUGCUGGCUAGUGAGGUUCUUUCAGCAGCAUUUCCAUUGUGGGUCUCAAUUGGGUGUGUUGUGGGGUUGAUGAAACCCAGUUACUUCAAUUGGGUCACUCCCAAGUUGACGAUUAUGGGACUCAACAUCAUCAUGCUUGGCAUGGGCAUGACUCUCUCUAUUCAUGAUCUUCGUGGGGCAUUUUCCAUGCCAAAGCAAGUUCUCUAUGCUUUUGCCCUUCAGUAUUCGGUAAUGCCACUGUCUGGAUUUCUCAUAAGCAAAAUUUUCAAUCUUCCACCACAUUUUGCAGCAGGUUUAAUAUUAAUUGGUGGCUGCCCAGGAGCUGCUUCCAGUAACAUCAUAACCUAUCUUUCACGCGGAAAUGUGGCGCUGUCUGUAAUAAUCACAACUGCAAGCACCUUAACUGCAACG